AUGAACGAAACUAAUUAUGGACGGUCGGAUAUAACAAGUGACAAAGGAGGUCAAUACAGUAGUGGCUUUCUGUUUGUUUUGCCAGUCAUCUUCUGCAUGAUUUUUAUUGGAAAUGUUCUUCUUCUCGUUGCUAUCAAAUCAUUUCGCAUCCGGCGAGUUCCUGAUCAGCUUGUUGGUUCGUUAGCUGUGAUAGAUCUUCUAAAUGAUUUAGGACCCGUUUUAAUGUCGAUCGUCGUGUUUCAAAUCGAUCACCGAGGGUUUCAGAGUGGACGUAUAAGUUACGAGCUGUGCCACUUUUAUAACUGGAUUUCCUCGUUUCUUCGCCUGUCAGCUUCGUUUGUGGCAUCAUUAAUGGCUGUAGAUUGUUUCUGUGCAACCUUACAGCCGAUCUAUUACCGGACCAAAGUCACAUCUGACAAAGCAACCAAACUCAUUCUUUGUGUCGUGUUGUCGGGGGCGUUUAUAUCUGCACUUCCUGCAAUGGGCUGGGGAAGAGUUUUAGCUCACAAGGGAAUUUGCUCGUUCAACUUUAAUGGAGGCUUCGCUCUAUGCAUAGCCACAUUAGGAUAUGUGCAACUCAUAAUGGUGUUGACCUGUUUCAUCGCCGUAGCAAGAAAAAUGAGCAAAUAUGAAAAGCGAUUCAAUGGGCUUCGACGUGGUAGGACGCUGACCUUUCUAAAUGGCAGACUUCAGGCUAUGGAAAUGCAGACAGCAAAUGAAAGGCGAAUAUCACAUAUGGAUGAAAAUGGUAUUCAGGGUGGUAGCAAUAUCAAAAGAACAUGCAACACCACAAGAGGUAUGAGUACUUUGGCAGAGGACGACGACAGCAACAAAAUUACAGAGGAAAAAUGCGAACAAAAUGAAAUAAGACGCAGAGAAUCAAAAACAGAUCCCAGUGUCAAUCGGUGCAGUGUCAAUAGGAAUGUGAAGGAGAGCCGCCAGUUUACAAAGGUUCUUGGAUCAGUGGUGUUUCUAUUCUAUGUCAGCUGGAUGCCAAUCAUUUUUACUAUCACCGCAGAGUUAGCCACAGGUCAUCAUCACGAGGUUCUCCAGUCUCUAUCAGCCCAGAUGUCUCUUUUGUGCUCUAUGUUCAAUCCCUGGGUGUACUGUGGUCUUUCGCGUCCCUACAGGGCAUCAUACAUUUGUGUCCUUAGGAGGCUGGGGAGAGUAUGUGGCCUUUCCAAAGCCAGUGAACACGACAUCAAAACAAUUGCUGAUACAGGCAGCCGUUUCAGAACUUCCACACGACGGGUAUUUCCAGACACAAGAUAAGGAGAACAACAUAGUCAAGUUACUGUUCAAGAUCAAGAUCAAGAUAAUUAACUUCAAACGGUC